AUGGAAGGCCAGUACAAUGUCCCGACGCAUCACGCAAUACUGAUUGGUAUCGACGCCUACCCAAACAAUCCCUUAAGGAGCUGCGUCCGAGAUGUCCAGAAGAUCAAGGAAUGCCUCGAGAGCAAAAUCAAUUCCCUUGACAUCCAAACCCUUACGGCAAGCAGCGGCGGUUCGCCAUUCGAACACCCUGAGAGCUGGCCUACAUUACGCAACGUGACUUUGGUUCUCGAAAAGGCCACCUCUCUAGCAGAGACGGGAGAUUUCAUCUACAUUCACUACUCUGGUCAUGGGACCAGACGAAAGCCGCGCUUUAACCGCUCAAACCAGUCGACCGGAGAUUUAGCCUUGGUUCUUCUCGAUGAGGAUCCUAGCCGGGAGGUAUGUCUUCAAGGUGCGGUACUCGCCCACCUCCUCAAAGCUAUGGUAGACAAGGGACUAGUCGUCACUGUCGUUCUAGACUGCUGCUUCUCAGCCAGUGUCUACCGUAGCGGUAGUCCUAAUGUCCGAUACCUUUCAUAUAGCGAUAUGGAAGCCUCGACAAACCCUUCGGCCCAAGAAGAUAGCCUCACAAGAGGGGACACUCGUUCUACGAACCGCGAUGCGUCGAUGCUGGACAACUGGCUCUUAAACCCGGAUAGGUAUACCAUCCUCGCUGCGUGCGGGCCACACGAAAACGCUAAGGGAGGGGAGUCCGAGACUAGCGAGAAAAGAGAACGUUAUGGAGCUUUGUCCUACUUCUUGUCCAAGGCCUUGUCCGACCACGGACUUGGGAGACGGCAGAAGGACAUCCACCGGCACUUGUGCGCCAAGUUCUGGGCAUCUUGCAUGCCACAGCACCCCGUCCUAUAUGGAAACGCGAGCCAGGCCUUCUUUGGCCCAGUCGACUCAUACCGCAGCGCGAGAUCCGCCUGCAUCGUCGAACAUAAGGGAAGUUUCCGGCUAAUGGCUGGGCUGGCCCAUGGCCUCCAUAAUGACGACCAGUUUGCAUUGUCUCCCCUCCGCGCGGCAAGAGAUCAUGACGCCGUUACCUACACCGCGAAGAUCAGCCACAUCGGCCCUCUCACAUCCAAAUUGGAGCUGCUCAAUAGCCCGCACAGCCUUCAAACGGGUUGGAUUGCGGAACCGCUCACUUGCUCGUAUCUCGCAAAAUUUCCUGUUCGACUGGCAUCAGACCUUCCACGCCAAGACGAAUGGCCGGUAGCGCUCAAGGAGCGAUCACUUGAUGUUUGUAUUAAUAAUGAGCAAGUCCCAAUGUUCCAACUUGUGCUGAGCAACGGCAUGUACGAAAUCCUGGACGAAGGUGGUCGGAAGAUCAUCAACUUGCCCGCAAUACCACAAGACCAAACAGACAUUGGUCGCAUCUGCGAUAUUCUGGAACACUUGGCUAGGUUCCAGAUGGCCAAGGACAUAACCAAUCACGCACCUACAGCUGCUUUCCAAAGGUCAUUCGAUAUUAGCAUAAGGAUAGGGGAAAAAGUGGUUGGCCCAGGGGAACAGGCAGACGUACGGCACGGCACUGUAAUAGAGCUCGUCAUAAGAAACAAGGGAGACACAGCUCUAUACGUUUACGUAUAUAAUCUAGGUCCUUAUUGGUGCGUCAACGGAAUCCUACAUGCCACCUAUGAAGCAGUUCCUGGGCGCAACGACUUACGAUUUACGGGAACUUCACCAAGGAAAAUCAAGAUGACGGUUCCUCCCGCGAUGAAGGAAUAUAGGUCCUGCAAAGAUGUCAUCAAGGUCUUUGUCACGCCCCAGCCGACGUGGUUUGACUCGCUCGAGUUGUCGAGCCUAAAUGAGCUAGCCAAGGCAAGUGUGGACAGGACCAACUAUCCUAGUAGCUAUGGACCGGAUGAUUGGAUAGCUUUGAAUUUCCCUAUCCACACGAUGCUGUAG